AAGAAGCGCCACUAGGCGUGCUCAAAGUGCGCCGACUGAACCUUAUUCAAUAAGAAUGAUUUUAUAAAAAGUCAAAAAACCCAGACGUUAACAAUAAUGCGAGCGGAUUCACCGACAAGACAUCAGUUUUAAGAGUAUAUUUCUACGGGGUUCGUAACUCUUCUUCUGUCUUUUCCUCCGGUUCAUCCCAACAGCAGAUCCCCGAUCAGCUAGCGGCGCGUUAGCUUACCUAGCAUGCUAAGCUAAGCGGUGACAGCUGGAUAAUUUGUGAUGGCUACUACCGAGAUGGAAUCUGCUCCUUUAGAAAGCAAACCGGAACAUCGGAAAGGUCACGCUGACUCAAAGUACCCCCUGAAAGUGCUUUACUGUGGAGUUUGCUCUCUGCCGACGGAGUACUGCGAGUACAUGCCGGAGCCAGCCAAAUGUCGGCACUGGCUUGAGAAGAACUUUCCAGAUGUGUUUGCCAGGAUGACUGUAGGCCCUUUAGCCAAUGUGCCCAAUCAGGACCUCGGCCCUGGAGACGCGCCCCCUGGUGGCGAGGAGGAGGAAAAAAAGAAACAGAAGAGAGGCGGGAGAGGUCAGAUCAAACAGAAAAAGAAGAGCGUGCCUCAGAAAAUCACAAUAGCAAAAAUCCCAAGAGCCAAGAAGAAAUACGUCACAAGGGUGUGCGGCAUGGCAACAUUUGACAUCGAACUCAAAGAGGCUCAGCGGUUCUUCGCCCAGAAGUUCUCCUGCGGCGCCUCCGUGACGGCGGAGGAUGAAAUCAUCAUUCAGGGAGAUUUUACAGACGACAUCAUCGACGUCAUUCAAGAGAAGUGGCCCGAGGUGGACGACGAGAGCAUCGACGAUCUGGGCGAAGUCAAGAAGUGAAGACCAAAUAUGCACUUUUACCGAAACAGAUGUGACGUGUAACUGACGACAACCUGGCCAAAUGUACACAUUAAGUCAUUUUAUACCUAUUUUAUUUACUGUCCAUAAAAAAAACAAAGCUGCGGACUUGGCCACUCACUGGGCAUCUUUUCUUUCUUUUCUUUUUCAGUUAUUAAUAAUAGACGCUUUCUCUCUCGUUUUGCCAAAGCUGUGGUAUGACGCGAACCCACAAUGUCCUUCAAGCAAAAACAAGACAACCUGUAGGCUAAUAAACGUCUCCUUCUCCUGUU